UGGCAGCGGGCGCUGGCGCUGCUGAGCGAGAUGCGGGAGGCGAAGCUGAAGCCCAACGUCAUCAGCUGCAAUGUUGGGAUCAGCGCGUGCGAGAAGGGCGAACAGUGGCAGCGGGCCCUGGCGCUGUCGAGCGAGAUACGGGACGCAGAGCUCGAGCCCGAUGCCAUCAGCUACAGCGCUGGGAUCAGCGCGUGCGAGAAGGGCGGGCAGUGGCAGCGGGCGCUGGCGCUCUUGACCGAGAUGCGCGAGGCGAAGCUGGAGUCCGACGCCAUCAGCUACAAUGCUGGGAUCAGCGCGUGCGGGAAAGGUGAGCGGUGGCAGCGGGCGCUGGCGCUACUGAGCGAGAUGUGGGAAGUGAAGCUGGAACUCGACGUCAUCAGCUACAGCGCUGGGAUCAGCGCGUGCGAGAAGGGCGAGCAGUGGCAGCCGGCUCUGGUGCUGCUGUGGGACAUGUGGGGGGCGAAAGUGGAGCGCAACAUAAUCAGCUACAGCGCUGGGAUCAGCGCGUGCGAGAAGGGCGAGCAGUGGCAGCGGGCGCUGGCGCUGCUGAGCGAGAUGCAGGAGGUGAAGCUGGAGCCCAGCGUCAUUAGUUACAAUGCUGGGAUCAGCGCGUGCGAGAAGGGCGAACAGUGGCAGCGGGCGCUGGCGCUACUGAGGAAGAUGGGGGAAGUGAAGCUGGAACCCGACGUCAUCAGCUACAGCGGUGUCGUCAGCGCGUGCGAGAAAGGCGAGCAGUGGCAGCGGGCGCUGGCGCUGUUGAGCGAGAUGCGGGAGGUGAAGCUGGAGCCCACCGUCAUCAGCUACAGCGCUGGGAUCAGCGCGUGCGAGAAGGGCGAGCAUGGCAGCGGGCGCUGGCGUUGCUGA